UAUUUUUUCCCGCAAACGGGGUUUAACUCCAUUUCGCCGAGUUCAUCACGCGCCAUCUGCGCGUCUAAGCGACGCAGAUAAAACUCCUUUCAUGUCCGUCUAGCUUUGUAAUUAACGUUAAUUUUUCUUCUGGAUUCGACUUACGGCUUCUCUGGUCCGAACAACCUUCGCCGCAUGGACCAAACGCGGCAGCCGCGAGAUCGGCGGCCCGAUGCUCUCGGACACCUCAGCGUCCUGCCUGACGAGCUGAUAUGCGUCAUUCUUGAGCACCUAUCGUCUUCUGAUCUCGUUCGUCUAUCUUGUGUUAGCAGUGUUCUUUAUGUUUUGUGCAAUGAAGAGCCACUUUGGAUGAAUUUAUGUCUUAGAGAUGGGGGUCAGUUCGAAUAUAAAGGUUCCUGGAAGAGGACAACCUUAUAUCGACAAAAUCUAUGCAUCAAGAUUGAUGAGUGUCAAAGACGGCCUCUACAUUUUGAUGGUUUCAGCUCACUUUUCCUUUACAAAAGAUGGUAUCGGUGCUUUACUACGUUGGAUGGAUUUACUUCAGAUGGUAAAGAUCUCGAAAGAAGGAACAACCAAUCAUUGGAAGCAUUUAACAAUAAAAUUGAUGAGAAGAAACCGGUUCUACUUACUGAAGUGGCAAGCACUUGGCCUGCAAGGUAUAAGUGGACGGUGGAUCAGUUAUUGUCCAAUUAUGGUGAUGUCUCUUUCAGGAUAUCUCAAAGAAGCUCUAAGAAAAUUACCAUGAAACUCAAGGAUUAUGUUUCAUACAUGAACUGCCAGCAUGAUGAAGAUCCUCUUUAUAUUUUUGAUGAUAAGUUUGGAGAAGUUGCACCAGCUUUAUUACAAGAUUAUUGUGUGCCAAGUCUGUUUCAAGAAGACUUUUUUGAUGUACUGGAUUAUGAUCAGAGGCCCCCUUUCAGGUGGCUAAUAAUUGGACCAGAAAGAUCUGGUGCUUCUUGGCAUGUUGAUCCAGGUUUGACGAGUGCUUGGAACACCCUUUUGUGUGGGAGGAAAAGGUGGGCACUUUAUCCUCCUGGUAGAGUACCUGUAGGUGUUACAGUUCAUGUUAGUGAGGAUGAUGGUGAUAUAAAUAUUGAGAGUCCAUCAUCAUUGCAGUGGUGGCUAGAUAUUUACCCUCUUCUGGACGACCAAGAUAAGCCAUUGGAGUGUACCCAGUUACCAGGAGAGACAAUAUUUGUUCCAAGUGGAUGGUGGCAUUGCGUGUUAAAUUUAGAUACAACAGUUGCUGUUACACAAAAUUUUGUAAAUACAUCAAAUUUUGAAUUUGUGUGCCUGGAUAUGGCUCCCGGACAUGUUCAUAAAGGAGUUUGCCGUGCUGGAUUUUUAGCUGUUCAAGAUGGUGUUAAUGAAUAUCUGAAAAAUGAUGCAUCAUUCGAGAUGAAUUUAUUGAAUUAUCCUGACAUGUCACGGAGAGAGAAAAGGCUCAAAAUUUUGGAACCAUUUAAAGAGCAGAAUGGACAACAUAACAGCUGGAAUUCUAUCAGCGGUCUUUCACAUGCUUUCAAGUGUUAUAAUCAAGAAUUUUCUUAUGACAUAAACUUCUUGCUGAUGUUUUUGGAUAAGGGAAUAGAUCAUUAUAAUACAAUUUGUAGCCCAAGCAACAUUUUAGGAGAAAGGGAGAUAAGGACGUGGCUCCACAAACUCUGGGUUUUAAAACCUACAAUGAGAAAAUUGAUAUGGAAGGGUGCUUGCUUGGCCUUGAAUGUGGAAAAAUGGUCAGCUUGCCUGAUGGAGAUUUGUACUCAUUACAAUUUGCCUUUACCGAUAGAUGAUGAGAAGUUUCCUGUUGGUACAGGCAGUAAUCCUGUAUUUCUUAUUUCUGAUUACGUUAUCAAAAUUUUUGUUGAGGGAGGUCUGGGCUCUUCUCUCCACUGUCUUGGUACAGAGCUUGAGUUCUACAGUCUGCUUGCCAAAAGCAAUUCGCCUUUGAUGAAUCAUGUUCCUGAUAUCAUAGAAAGUGGAUUUUUGGUUGCUGACGGUACUGGUUAUAGAACAUUUUCAUGGGAUGGACGAGCCAUGCCUGAUAUGAUUGCUAACAGUAGUCUUGUAAUUAGAAAAUACACUGCAGAUGGGUUUCCCUUUGGAAUAUGGAGCAAGAAACAAUUUGAGUUGGAAAACCAUGGAGUUAAUAUGUGCUCCAGGAUAUGGCCUUUUAUAGUAUCUAAACGAUGCAAAGGGGAUAUUCUUGCUAAUUUGAGAUAUUCGUUGUCCAAAAAUGAAGUAUUCCAUCUAGCUUCAUUUCUAGGUGAGCAACUCCGUCACCUUCACCUUUUACCAUUACCAAACAUUGAAACUCAUCUCAAGGAGAUAUCUGAGGAAAGAAACAUUCAAGAAUAUUCUGUUGGACAUAACAAGUUACCUGUGGAGACUGAUCUGAUGGAGGCAGAUUGUAAAGGUUUUGAUACCUUUAAAAAAUGGGAACUCCUGAUUGCCUUGUUAGAUAGAAGGAAGAAAAACAUAAAGAAUCAAUUAGCUCAAUGGGGCGAUCCUAUUCCAGGUUUUUUGAUAGAUGAAGUUGAAAAGUAUAUUCCGCAUGACCUUUCAAGUUUGUUUGACUUCCGAAUGGGUGAUGAUGGAUCACUUGAGUGCAUUCCAACUUGGAUACAUUCAGAUAUUAUGGAUGAUAAUAUUCAUAUGAAGCAGUGUUGUCCUUUUGACUGUUUUAAUGAGUGUUCUUCACAUACAAGUUUGAAAGUUAACGGUUCACAUGAUGCCUGUGGUCAAGGUGAUACAGAUUCAAGGAUGAAUGGAGUGAAUGAUCCUUCUGAUGGAGAAAAUGUGGUUGUGAUGGUUAAUACUACUCUGAGUGCCUGUAAUGGAAUAACAAAUUUGAAGAGAUGGUGCCCUUCUCACAUUCUUGAUUUCAGUGAUCUGUCAAUAGGGGAUCCAUUGUAUGACUUGAUUCCAAUAUACUUGGAUGUUUUCCGUGGAGACAUGUGCCUUAUGGCUAAACUUUUGGAACAUUACAAUCUUCCUCUCAUCACCAGUAAGCUGAAUCAUGACGAACUUUCUUCGGGACUACCAGAAAAUGAUAAGUGUAAGAGGCUUUCAUACCGUGCCAUGUGCUACUGCAUUUUACAUGAGGACAACGUCCUCGGAGCCAUUUUUAGUUUGUGGAAGGAACUGAGAACGGCCAAGUCAUGGGAAGAAGUGGAAGAGGCCGUGUGGGGAGGGUUGAACAACUACCAACACACCGAUCUAUGAUCUAAACUUUUGGUAAAAUAUUCAUUUCAAUUAAUUUAUGAAAAAUAUUGGACUCUGUAUCAAUUUAUAGUGCAUCCCUCUUCAAUUUCCAUUCUUUUGUGUAAUCUGAAUGGCCGAAAAUACGUCUAAGAAAUUUCCCAUUUAAAUUCGUAAAAAUAUAUGUUUGAAUCCUUGAUCUAAUAAACCCCUGUAAUUCUCAUCUUCAACGUCUAUGUUA